UGAACCAACUCAAUGAACAUCUUCUCUGAAAGCUACUUCUCAUCUUCUCGAACAAUCCACACUACUUCUACUUCAACAUCAACCGCCCUCUUGCCCUCUUUCUUUUGGCCCAAGCUUGUGUUUUCCUCCCACCAACACUCUCAUGAAUUUAAUAGCUGCUGUUUCCAUGUUUCUUCCGAGCGUCGGACUAGGUUCAAGCUUGGGUAUACCCGACUCUCUUCCAUGGCCAGCCAAGUAGAUUCCUCACUGCUUCAUUCCCCUUCUGAGAUUAGGAAGAAGAAAAUCAAUGGUCAUCAAAGAAGAAAGGAACUUGAAAGAGAGGUAUCUAUGCUUCAAAGGUUGUUGGAUCAAGAAGAAAAGGUUCAUGAGAUUUUGGAGAUGGUUUAUAAUCGGCCGAACGGUGCAGCCAUAUCAAUUCCAAAUUUUCUUCCUCCCAAGACAAAAGAGCUUUUAACAGAACUAGUUGUGGUUGAGGGUGAGAUAGCGCGACUUGAAUCCCAAAUAAGCCAACUUCAAGCUGGUUUGAAAUUGGAACAAGAAGCCACUAAACAAUCAAAAUCAAAAUCUUGGAAUCAAGACAAGCUGAACAAUUCAAACAGUUAUUUAUCACCUGCACCAAUUCCAAUUCCAAUGCCAAGCCCUGCUCAAAGAAGUGUUCAUGAGAGAAUGGCAUUUGAGACAAAGGCAUUGCACUUCAUAAGCAAGGCUAUAAAGGGCGAUUAUCAUCUCAAUGACUUCACUCUUAAUGAGAAAUCUGGGUUUUUGAAAAGUUCUGAUGAACAGAAAGAAAACAAUUUUCACGAAGAUGUGAAAUUUCAAGAUAGGCAUCCGAGAAAAGGGGGGACGCUGAAGCCUAAUUCUUCACCUUUUCGAGACCCUCGCCAUCCAUCACCUAAGCUGAGGGAACGAAAUUUAGAGAUGUAUAUAGAUCCGCCAACAAAAUCUUUACUGGACCCACUUCUGUCAGAAGAGAACGAUCUGAAAUGGCAACCCAACAAGCUUUCUGAGAGCAUCAUGAAGUGUUUGAAUUUCAUAUACGUGAGACUACUCAGAACAUCAAGAGCAACAGAGUUGGAAAAAUCAGGGCCCAUUUCCAGGUCUGUGCACUCUUCUUUAAGCGCAAGAAGCUUCAGGGUGGAUCCUGGCAUGAACCCAAAAUCAAGCCUUAUGUUGCAGAGGGAGUCAAGGCAGCAAGACCCAUAUGGAAUUUUCGAUGCAGAGGAGUCCAUUCCCCGAGAUAUUGGUCCUUACAAGAAUCUGGUUAUAUUCACCUCCGCUUCUAUGGAUUCGAAGUUCAUCUCAAGUCCUUCCUCUGUUCCAUUACUUAGAAAGUUAAGGGUAUUGAUGAAUAAUCUUCAGACAGCUGAUUUGAGCAGCCUUACCUAUCAACAGAAGUUAGCAUUCUGGAUCAACAUGUACAACGCUUGUAUCAUGCACGUACGGUAUUUAUCUCAGGGUUUUAUCCAAUACGGGGUGCCAUCCACACCGGAAAAGUUACUUUCACUGAUGAACAAGGCAACUCUCAAUGUAGGAGGCAACACAAUGAAUGCUCAAACGAUAGAGCAUCUCAUUUUAAGGAAAAGAGCAGCUUCAAAUAUAAAAGAGGUACAUCGAAAAAGCGAGUGGGAGGAGAAAGAAUCAAUAGUACGAGAACUAUAUGGUCUUGAAUCUAUGGAUCGAAACGUCCUAUUCGCUUUGUGCUGCGGAACUCGUUCUUCCCCUGCAGUAAGGAUUUACACAGCGGAAGGGGUGAUAACAGAGUUGGAGAGAUCAAAACUAGACUAUCUGCAAGCUUCAAUUAUGGUGACCAACACUAGAAGAAUGGCGUUUCCAGAGCUGUUACUGAGGAACAUGCUUGAUUUUGCGAUGGACACGGACUCAUUGGUGGAAUGGGUGUGUAACCAGUUACCAACCUCAGGUAGUCUAAGGAAAUCAAUGGUGGAUUGUUUUAGAGGCCAUGCCAAUAUCAAGGCAUCCACCAUUGUGGACAAGAUACCCUAUGACUAUGAAUUUCAAUACUUCUUGUCUGUGUAAAGAAUAAAGAUAGUUCUUUUUUCCCUCCCUCUUCUUUUGCAACCAAAAAAAAAAAAAUCUAUGUACAAUGCAAUUACAACUUGUGUAUGAAAAUUAUGGAAAAUACGGGAUGAUAAUAAUGAGGGUAUUGUGCAAGAAUUGGACAAAUUUAAAUGAUAUUUUGUCACAUUUAUCUUUUGAAGAAUAUCAAUGUCUCAUUGGCUCA